CGUCAGUAGUCUUGCAACUUUGAAGCUGUACUGUAAAGUCACUCAGUAAAAAAACCUAGAGAAGUGUCAUUUAUUUUAUUGGUAUAAGAUGGCAGGAAACUAUAGUUUGAGUUCCUGUGGUAUGUUCCAUGGCUGUCUACGUGGAGAGUUUUGGCAUCCAUUACUACCCACGUCAGCAGACUUUGUUGAUGGUGGAGGAUGGAAGAUGAACCGCCCUCCUCCCCCACCAGUUAGGAAUAACAUGAGACCAACAGACAUACCUUGCUUCGAGGGUAAGAACCAAACCUGUUGGCUGCCUGUUGCUGCUCCAGGCCCACGCCUCCCACUGCCCAACGGACCACAUACACUGUACCGUUCACUAGAGGACUACAAACCAUUCACAAACAUCUCCAGGACGAUACACUUCAGCGAAUAUGAGGAUAUAACGAAAGAAGGGUUGAAACCAACGAACAUUCAACCAAAGCACCUCACAUACCUGUGCACGCAACAGAGUAAUGUGUAUGGUUUGUUUUUUGGGAUAAUCGAUGACGAUGAAGUUCACGAUUGGUACGGCAACGUCAGACUGCAGGUCGAUUUUAAGAAGUUCAUGAAAGAAGUGCGUCCCCGAGUGUACUUCGUGGACGUGGUGGACUUUAAGACAUCCAACAUAUCUCGGCUCCUCCUUACCAAAAGAAAUUAUGAUCAUUACUUUCCGAGAUAUGACGCCAAUAUCCUGGGUGGUCCGUGGUUCAGAGAUCCUAGCGGUAAGGACUGGCACCUCACCAACGCAAGGAGGUUUAACAGUGUCGCCAAGAGCCACCAUGAACACAGCGUGGAAUUCAUACUGGAAUUAAGUAAGGAGGAAUUCCAGAGAUUGUAUUCCAGCUGUAAGAAGCUCCCUGUUGACCAUUCCCGGGCCAUUACCAAUGAAGCAAAGGUAUGUUUGAAGUAUAAGAGCGUUGGUAAGGUAUGUCCGUCACCAUGGAAUGCUGAAAAAACGGAGGAGAAAAUGAUGUGCCUCUCUCUGAAGAAAAUUAGUUUUCAAAAUUCAUGUGACCGUAUUGUUGAUAUAGAAAAAAAUAGAGAUUAAAAAUUCUACUAGGAUGCUGAUAAUCCAUAAAUAAAUACAAAAACGAAAAAAGAAAUAGAGUGAGAAACGAUAUACAGUGUGAAUGUUGUGUUGUCAAAGUAAGCGAAA